AUGCAGCUUCACUUUAACUCAACCAGAUACAUUUUUCAAACAUUUAAAAGAACACGGCGGACAAUUCUUAAACAAGCUCAAGAAAGCAUACGUCACCAACAACAAUUAACAAAACUGCGAUAUGACAAAUAUCGCAAGGAUAUGUCUUAUUGUAUUGGUGAUUUGGUAUUUCUGAAGGUAUGUGCUAAUCGUACAAAAUUAGAUGAACGAUGGAUAGGACCUUGUCAAAUGAUCAAUAACACAGAUGAACAAAAAAAUUUUGUUCAAAACAAUGAAUCAGUUCGACCCAAUAUUAUACCCGGAUACUUUCAUUAUAUUGAUGUUUCACAAUGGGUAGAAUCUUUAUCAACAUCAGAAUCGAUUGCGCAGCAUGUAAAUGUUUUUGAAAAAGAUCUUGGCCAAUUAAUUGAAACAUUAAAACAACUUGUUUUUCUUGAUAUUCAUGGAAAAAUCGAUCGUGAAAAAGCUCAAGUAUAUUGUUCUAUGAUUAAAAGAUGUUUUUCUCAUAGCCAAGUGGAUGUCAAAUCAUCCAGAUUUCGUCUUUGGAUAUAA